GCUAGCCAGAGUCGCACUGUGUAAUUUGGCUUAACCACCGCACCCGUCAUCCGAUGAAGUCCCUCUCUACCUUGCUGCAAGUCGCCACGGCGUCGCAAUUGGUCUUUGAUAGCUUGCCGCCUGCCGCCGGCGGGUCCUUCGGGACACCGGUCACGUACAACCAAGGUCUAGCCGUGCAAUUCCGCAGCCUGGACGCGUGCGGUGCGCCAACCCAGCUCGCCUACGUUAACUUCACCGUGUCGACAGAGAAUGUCGACAAUAACUCAACGUACUUGGAGGUUGCGCUAUGCCCUUCCGAGAACGGAUUGCCAAAAUGCCCUUCCACCAAUUACCCCGAGCGUCUUCCCAUCCGGAUCGUUGCCAAGCGCAUCCAGUACCAAUGGGUACCGAGCGCCACCGUACAAAUGGCCCCCUCGACGCUGUACUGGUUCGUCGUGCUAUCGAAUGCCGAAAAGAUGAACCAUGCCGUGAUUUGGAUGGACGGGGUCAAGCGUUUCACGACCGACAACGAUCCAACCAACGACGUCCUGUCGGCGUUCACGCUGUCCGACGCAGGCGACUGGGCCGCCGACCCCCCCCGCAACAACCGCACCGUGUCGUCGAUGCAAGUCGUCGCAAUCUAGAUGGUGUAUACCCGCCCAAUCUAAACCCCUUUUUCUAUUAACCAUCGCCGC